AUGCCUGUCAAGUGGACUGCAGAGAAUGACCAUUUGCUUUUACUCACUCUGUUAGAGACCCAUAAUGUCAGAGUUGACGGGGAGAAAAUCAGAGCGGCAUGGCCAUUAAAUGGAAGUGAAAUACCCACUGCUCGUGCCAUAAGGGAACGCAUCACAAAGAUCCGAAGUCUUGCUGGAAGCAACGUGAACAGCCCAGUAAAAGCUCCGGUCUCUCACGUUAAUAACGGAGUCAAAAAAGAGUCAUCACCCAAAAAGAGAGGUCGUCCACGCAAAGUAAAACCUGUUGUCGAUGAAGACGACGAAGAGUCGUUGAACAGCUGCAGCCCAGAUCAGUCUUUUGCGAGUACAAUCCGAGACGCCACGGAUGUCACACCGUCCCCUACACCUCGUAAGAGGCGAGCUGUUAGAGUCAAGACGGAGAAGGUUCUGAGACUUGAUUCUGAGGCAUCUGAUGUUGUUGACUUGGAGAGCUCUGGUGACGAUUUUAUUCCUACGAAGUUUGAGGAGGAUGAGGAUGACGAAUACCUUGGUGAUUAA